CAGGCUGAAGCACCGUGGGCCGGACUGGAGCGGGCUGAACCAGCACGGAGACUGUUAUUUGGCCAUCAUCGACCCUGCUUCCGGCGACCAGCCUCUCGAAAAGAACAUCGUCGUCACCCGGGAAUUGAAUCAUUUUACAGGUGAAUGGAGAAAUAUACAACCACGAGGAGCUGCGGAAGCGCUUGCCCAAUCACCAGUUCCGGACCGACAGCGACUGUGAAGUCAUCGCUCAUCUGGUUGCUCCUCCGUCCCUUUCUCGUUCGAGGAAUAUGGGGAAGAUUUCGUGGACUUGUUGGACGGAAUGUUCUCGUUCGUGCUGUUGGACACUCGGGACAAUAGCUUCGUCGUUGCUCGGGACGCCAUUGGCAUCACCUCUCUGUACAUCGGCUGGGGACUCGACGGCUCUAUUUGGGUUUCUUCUGAACUGAAAGGUUUGAAGGAUGAUUGUGAGAAUUUCGAGUACUUCCCUCCCGGCCAUUUAUACUCCAGCAAAUCCGGUGGAUUGAGGCGAUGGUAUAAUCCACUAUGGUUCUCUGAGGCUGUUCCUUCCUCGCCCUACGACCCAAUCGCUGUCCGAAGCGCUUUUGAGAUGGCUGUGAUCAAGAGAUUGAUGACUGAUGUUCCUUUCGGUGUUUUGCUCUCUGGUGGACUGGAUUCCUCUCUAGUUGCUUCCAUCACCGCUAGGCACCUGGCGGGAACUCGAGCUGCCAAGCAAUGGGGUUCCCAGCUUCAUUCCUUCUGUGUUGGCAUUGAGGGGUCUUCUGACUUGAAGGCUGCAAGAGAAGUUGCAGACUAUCUAGGAACCAUCCACCAUGAAUCCACCUUCACAGUUCAAGAUGGGAUCGACACGAUUGAAGAUGUGAUCUAUCACAUCGAGACGUUUGAUGGCACCACCAUUAGGGCAAGCACACCUAUGUUCCUGAUGGCCUGGAGGAUCAAGGCUAUGGGUGUGAAGAUGGUCAUAUCUGGUGAAGGCUCUGAUGAAGUGUUUGGUGGGUAUCUUUACUUCCACAAAGCACCUAAUAAGGAGGAGUUCCACCGUGAGACGUGUCGCAAGAUCAAAGCACUUCAUCAGUAUGAUUGUUUGAGAGCCAACAAGGCCACAUCUGCUUGGGGGUUGGAAGUCCGAGUUCCGUUCUUGGAUAAAGAAUUCAUCGACGUUGCCAUGGCUAUCGACCCUCAGUGGAAGAUGAUUAAGCCAGAGGAAGGAAGGAUAGAAAAAUGGAUUCUCCGGAAAGCUUUUGAUGAUGAAGAACGCCCUUAUCUACCUAAGCAUAUCUUGUAUAGGCAGAGAGAGCAGUUCAGUGAUGGUGUCGGAUAUAGCUGGAUUGAUGGCCUCAAAGCUCAUGCUGCGAACAUGGUGAGCGAUAAAAUGAUGCAAAAUGCUGCUCAUAUCUUCCCGCACAACACCCCUAGCUCCAAAGAAGCUUACUACUACAGAAUGAUAUUUGACAAAUAUUUCCCACAGAAUUCAGCCAGUGUGACUGUUCCUGAAGGAGCAAGUGUGGCAUGCAGCACAGCCAAAGCUGUGGAAUGGGAUGCUUCCUGGUCAAGCAAUCUUGAUCCUUCUGGCAGAGCUGUGCUGGGAGUUCAUCAAGCUGAUGCCGUGGAUAAUGGAAAUAAAACCUGAUACGUGAGGUAAUUGAGUCAAGUUUGUGGUCUGUUUUGGUAACCAGAUGACAAUCUAAGUGGAUACAGUACAAGCUGUUCCCGCUUUAUAUUUCCGUCUUUAAUUUGUUGUUACCUUCAAUAAAUCAAGGACCCUAAUGUACUAUGGAGGAGUCGCAUCCCUUCAGCAGCAAUGUCAACAUUUAGAUACCGUGAUCCAUGUCGUGGUUGGCUAAAACGAAAUGUUAGUGCAGCUCUGGUGUGCAGUCCUUUGAAAUGCUAAACGUACCAAUGCCACAAGUGUAUUAUUUUGGUCGAAAUCAUAGGCAUAGUCAAUACAUGACACAUGUACGUUUUGGUAAAAAUAGGUAUUUUCUUAGUACGUUAAAGCUUAUUUCUUGAUUUUUUGGUUAUAAUGACAUUGAUUCAUUA